AUGAUCAAGCGGGCGCUUGGCUUCUUCGAUGGCGGCAGGAGGGACCAGAAGGACGUGGACGAGGAGAGCGACGACGGCGACGGCCUGACGGAGCGGCAGCGCCGCAAGCUGGAGCGGCGCCUGCUGCCGGGCGCGGCCGGCGCGGAGGGGCGCCCGCGGAGGGCAGCGGCGCCACCCCGCACCGUGUGCCAACACCCCGCAGAGCCUGCAUGCCAUCGGCGCCGGGGUGGGGGCGUUGACCCUCAGGACAUGGCCCUGCGGGCCAGGUCCGGUGCGCGGCCUGGCGCCAAGGCGGACGAGGACGAGGAGGACGAGGAUGACCAGUCCGAAGACGAGGACGAGGAAGGCUCGGAGUCCGACGACGAGCCCUUGAUGCCACCAGAGGAGGAGAAGCAAAUCCGCGGACAGUUUCGGUGCGAGCUCUGCCCUGACAAGAUUCUCAUGAACGAGAAGCUCAUGGAGACGCACCUGCAGAGCGCGGGGCACAGGAAGAACGUGCGCCGCUUCGAGCGCGCGAAGGAGCUGGGCGUGGAGGCCUUCGAGGCGGAGUGCAGGGAGCGGGCGGCAGCUCGGGAGGCCGUCGCUGCCUCGGGCCAGCCCUCCAGGCGCCAGAGGAAGAACGAAGAGUUUUGGGCCAAGCGGCGAGAGAAGAGCAAGAAGAAGAGCGGCGGCGAGAAGGCCAAGGAAUUGACAGCCACGCAGAUCGAGGACAGGAAGCGAAAGUUUCAGGCUAAGAAGGCGCAGCGAGAGUUGCGCAAGAAGGGUGCGGCCGAGGGCGUGGCGGGAAAGCGCCCAGAGGCCAGCAAGAAGGCGGCCGAGGCGGCCGCUCCGGUGGCUGGUGCCGCCGAGCCCGCCCGGGAGAAGGAAGCCAAGGCCGGCGAGAACGCGUCUCGACUCAGGCGGAAGGCGCUUCGGGCGGCGAAGUUCGCCGCCGCGGCGGGGCAGGCGCCGCAGGCCGCCGGGGCGCCCGCGGCGGACGCGCCGGCGCCCGGGCGGCGGAAGAAGAAGAGGACUCCUGAUGCAGCAUGA